AAUUCAAGCUGAUGAACAAGAACAAACGGUGACGUAUAUGGGGGGCAAAGCGACCAGACUCUCUUCUUCCGCUUUCCCAGCUGGCAGAAAUUAGAAACCCUAAACUCCCUUUUCUCUCUCAAAUCUCUCGUCCUCUCGUACUCGAACAAUGGAGUUCUGGGGAGCUAAAGUUAAGGCGGGUAAGACUCUCAAAGUGAAGCCUGGUGAUAACUGUCUCAUCCACAUUUCUCAGGCUUCCCUUAGUAAAAGGAAAAAGGGAGUAUCUGCACUCUUGUAUGCCACCGUUGAUGACAAGAAACUCCUCCUUGGAACUCUCUCUCAAGAUAGCUUCCCUCAUAUCAACUUCGAUCAUCUCCUCUUUGACAGAGAAUUCGAGCUCUCCCACACCUUGGAUAAAGGAUCUGUCCACUUCACUGGAUACAAAUCCAAAGUUUCCACAAGGUCCAAGCCUCCUCCUGCUUCAGAUGAGGGGGCAUUUGCAGAGAUGGUCUGCUCUGCAAAACAAAUGAUGUAUCCUAGUGCUCCAGAUGAUUUCUUACUAACAAAAGAGGAUCUAGAGGAAUCGGUGGUGGCAGAGAAAUCUACGAAAGCUCUAACCACAGUUCCCUUUUAUCCUCGCGUGGAUCCCUACCUAACAGAUUCAGAUGAGGAAUUCCUUUCGCCCACACUCCUGAUUAUGAGUAAUCUCCCCUUGGAAUCCACCAGAGCUGAUAUUACAAAAUUCUUCCAAGAUAAUUGCAAUUUGCAAGUACGUAAUUAUAAUAUUCAGCUGGUAUCGACGGUGGAUGAGGAGGGCAUGACGCACCUUGAAGCUCAUAUCGAGUUCCGGUCUAUUCAAGAAUUAAAACUGGCAAGAAAACUGAAUGGUCAUCUAAUGGGCAACUCUCGUGUUUUCUUUGAUAGAACACUUGGCAGUUUACGUGCGUUUUUCAUCUCUGGAUUCAACCGUGAUUUGCGUGAAGAUGAUCUUAAGCGACAAAUUAAGAACAAAUUUAAAGCAUGUGGAGCACUGAAGAAGAUAAUUUUGCCUAAAGAGCAAGGAAAUUUGCUAGGGUUUGGUUACAUAGUCAUGGACAUAACAUCUGAAGAAAUGGUGUUAAGCAUGGAUUCAACUAUCAUGGGAGACGCGCAAAUCUGUGUUAAGACUGCUACUCCUAGAGGUAGACUUUUUAGAGCUUUGAUGGAAUCUGAAGGUUAGAGUUAAGAGUUAUUAACUUAUGCGCAACAUCUUUUUGUUGUUGUUAAAAAUGGAAAUGAUUAUCCUUUCUUACUAGUUUGGUUAGUUGAUGUAAAGAUGUUACUCCACCGCUUUAUCUCCCUGACAUCUUUUUGUAACGAAAAAAUGAGAAACACCUUUGACCUCU